AGGGACUGAUCUCUUUUCAUCUACUCAAAGCGCUGUUUCCUCAAGCUCAACGCAAUCCCAUCUCAAAUCUUCCUGCCGUUCGUUCCGGCAUCAUGGCACAGGACAAGACGAAGGAAGUCGUGAGAGUGAUCGAUGCACCAAUUUCCGAUGUCUGGGCAGUCAUUGCAGCUUUUGGUUCCGAAAAGCUCUGGUUCCCCAAUGUCAUCCAGUCCAGUCUCGAGGGAUUUGGUAUCGGGUCAAUUCGCACACUGACUUUCAACAACGGUCAUGUGGUCCACGAGCGAUUGGAGAUAGCCGAUCCCGAGACACACACCAUCACCUACCUGAUUCUCGACGGCGUCCCAAACACGAAAAGCCCCCGUGGAACGCUGAAAUUGACGACCAUUAGCGAUAUCCAAACACGAUUCAGUUGGUCGGGCGAAUCUGAGUGGACGGAGCCAAGCUUUAAACCGGUUCUAGCUGGAAUGUUGGACGAGAUGUUCAACGGGUGCAUGGAUGCCAUUGAGUCAAUUUUCAAGUAGCUUGAAGGAAAAGUGUUCGUGGUUUAUGAAUUAAGUUGAAGAGUGA